AUGCCAUCUGAUGGACUCGCUGGUCUACUUGUCGGCCCCUCGCAAACAACGAACUUGCAAUCAGAUAGUUUAGAAACUGCGACCGCGGAUAAUCUGCGAGAUUUGCUUGUAGAAAUAACAGAGGCACCCGUAGGAAACAUCAUUGGUGAAGAAAACACAGCAGAUCCGACUACGAACGAUCUGCUCGAUUUGCUUACUAAAUAUAUAUUAGUUCUAUCGACAGCAGAAACAACGAACACUGACUCGCUUCUAUAUUUACUCGACCCGUCAGCAAUCACAACACAGAAUACAGUAACAGCUACAACCACGACAGCGGAGGCGAGCACUGAAGAUCUUUUGGCAGAUCUUCUACGCAGUAGUAAGACCGUACCAACGGCACCCACUCAGACGAGCACAGACGAUGGAGAUCGCGAGUGUUGUCUCCUAGAUGAUGGAUGUGGAGAGAAUUAUGAAAGCAAUCGAUGCAGAAGCUCGUUUUGUUGCGACGAAGGACCAACAGGCCAGGGGCGUGUAUGCAGCGAUAGGGUCAAUGAAAGUGAUUGCGCUUCCGACGAAGAAUUGUCCCUGACAGAGAAUGCUGCCGGUACACAAACAGUGGCAUGGAUGGCUAUGAAUCUGCGAAGUGUUUGGCAUCCUUCUGCUGCGACUAAGUGAUAUUCAUCUCCACCGUGAACACACAUACCAAAUCUGGUAGCAGGC